CCUUCCCACUAUUAGAAACAAACGCUUGAAUUUCGUGAUGUUUCUUUCUGUCAUCCGGCCGUUGGAUUUUUCGCCCCACAUCCAAAUCCCCGGCUCCGCCACCGUCACGCUCUCAAGUCUCGCCGGCGGCGCCAUGCUCCUCGCCAAUCUCCUCCCGCCGGCGCGCUGCCCACUGGCCUCCCCUCUCCGCUGCCAGGCCCCGGCCCACCACCACCAGCCCGCCGUCUCCCGCGGCCUCCUCCUCCGCGGCGCCGGCUCCCCCGUCGUCAAGCGCCUGCCCGCCGGCGACUGGCUCCUCUGGUACCACUCCGGGGCGCGCGUCGCGCUCGCCACCUCCCCCGACGGCCUGCGCUGGAGCCCGCCCGUGGCGCCCGACCCGCUGCUGCCCUCCACCGACUGGUGGGUCUUCGACACCGCCGCCGUCCGCCCCGGCGACGUGCUCGUCAUCUCCGGCCCCGACGCGCCGUCGUCCCGCCGCCUCCCGCCCUCCUCCUCAUCCGCCGUGUACUGGCUCUACUACACCGGCUCCAACGACGCGCGCCUCGCGUCGUCCCCGUUCCCCGCCGCGGACGUCGCCGCGCUGCCCGGCCUCGCCAUCAGCCAGGACGGUCGCCACUGGGCGCGCAUCGAGGGGGGCCACCACACCGGCGCGCUCCUAGGGGUCGGGGAGGACCACCCGCAGGGGUGGGAGAAGCGCUGCGCGGCAGCCCCCAAGGUGGUGAUGCACGCCGACGGGGACCUCCGGAUGUACUACCACUCGUUCGAUGAAAUGUCGCAGAGGCACGCGGUCGGGGUGGCCAGGUCCAGGGACGGCAUCCGGUGGGAGAGGGUGGGGAAGGCGCUUGAGGGAGGCGGGCCUGGGUCGUUCGACGAAGGCGGGGUGCGGCAGGGGCAUGUCGUCCGUGACCGCGCCGCCGGUCGGUACAUGAUGGCGUACGAGGGUUUGGAUGGCAAUGGUGGGGUGAGCAUUGGGUUGGCCGUGUCGGAGGACGGGCUGAGAGGGUGGAGGCGGUGCAGUGAAUCACCAGCGCUGCGCCCGUCAGAGGAUGAUGAUGAGUGGGACGUCGCUGGGGUCGGCGCCCCGUGCCUGGUGCAAAUGGAUGGGCCGUAUGAUUGGAGACUCUAUUACAUGGGCGUAAGGAAGGAUGGUGAGGCUGCUAUUGGGAUGGCAUAUUCAGAGGGUCAGGGUCUUCCGAGGUUCAACAAGUGUGACGCUCUUCUCAUGUAAGGACACCAGCGUCAGUUCUCACUAAUCAAUUCUUCCUCCAGGUAUGCAUAUCACUUCUUCACAACUUACAUAUUAGAGUAGAAGAGGUUACGGACAAUGAUAUUCUGCAAAUUAGAUGUCUGUGCUGAAAAAGUGACUGUUUUAUAAGGGCCUUUAUGCAGUCAUAUCAAGGUUAUGCAUAAUAUCAUGGCAGUCUGUCUGAGAGUAGAUAUUUAAGUGCUUUAUUUGCCAUCGGUACUUCUAUCCUGCAGUGCAUGUCUUUGUAAUAGAUGUAUUUGAGAAGAGAUAUUUGCAUUGGAAUCACAUGUACUUUUCCAAACCCAUAGGAUUACCAUAUUUCAAAAAAUCACUUUAUCUGUAUGGUUGCAAAUUUACUAGUUGUAGUUAUUGUUGGUAUGUCAUCCUGUGCUGGAAAUUUCAACAGUCUAGGACCAUCUAAAUUUAAUGAAAAUAAUUUCCACUUAUGCCUGCAAUUUUUAACCUGAUUGCAAAUUAAUGCCACCUGUCAAAUCGCCAUAGCUUCAAAGAAGCAGACUAGCAGUGUCUGAUUUCAUGAUUUGUGUCAUUUAGCAAUUUCAUUGUGAUAACAGUUGUUAAUUGGCCUUUAUUUGAAAUUGCAGUUAAAUCUCUAGCUAUAUGCCACUCAAGCAUUUGUGAACUUAUUCAUUGUUCCAUCGACAAGUUUGGUUCAGGCCAACAUGUUAGACAGCGGUAAACAACAGCUUCCCAGCAGAUCAUCCAAGCUUUCCUUUGCAGGAGGCAACCAUGGUGAUAAACAAGAUGGUACAAUCUUCCACUGGCACAAGGGGUUGAUCUAGUCUGAAAAGCCAUGUGCAGAUGGAAGAACCUGUACCACAAUCUUGAAUAAUGUAAUGUUACAUAGUUAUUUCAAUGGGGUCAUGGAUGUCCUUACUUCCUUCGCAAUGAGGUAAGUGUUUCAUCCCUGACCUGUCUCCAGUUAGUUUGUUCACAUGUUCUCUAUUCUAACACAGUGCAAAUGUGCUGUUAUAAACACAAAUUAUGUCUUUAAGAUGUCAUAAUGCUUAUUUUUCUUAGGCUGAAUAAUGAUUCUUGCCAUGAAAUAGUUUUGGCAUCCUUCUUUCCCCUCUCUUUGCUGUACUUCAGUUGAAGUAUCCCCAUAUCUUACUCAUACACUGGGCAUGUAUUUUUAGGUUGAGACUACAUGUUAUCCUGUCUACUUCUCUACAGUGGACAGUGCAGCUCUUAUAUCCAUGUGUGCAGUAUUACGUUUAUUGACGGCUUCUUUGGAUCACAGGAUCUGCAAAACAAA